UCAGCGCCUCAUAGGGUUGUGACAAACACUCGUUUCCUCUCUACACCUGUCCCUCCACCGAGCCCCCUCACUCGUAUAAACCCUAAUCAAUUCACCACCAUUCUUUCAAUCUUCAUCUUCUUCGACCCAUUUAUCAAUUACUUUGAUUCGUGAUGGGCAAAUCCGGAGCUGCAGCCGGAGAUUUAUUACUACUCAUCGCUCAAAAUUUUGAUGUUCUUGCCGGGCCCGUUGUUAGUUUGGCAUAUCCUCUAUAUGCCUCGAUCAGAGCAAUCGAGACUAAAAAUGUUGUUGGUGAUGAUCGACAAUGGCUUACUUAUUGGGUCUUGUACUCCAUGAUUACUCUCUUUGAGCUCACUUUUGACAAGCUUAUUGAAUGGAUCCCGUUUUGGUCAUAUGUUAAGCUGAUUGUGACAUGUUGGUUAGUGAUACCUCAAUUUUGUGGUGCUGCAUACGUAUACGAGCACUACGUUCGACCUUUCUAUACUGGAAACCAAACCGUCAACGUCUGGUAUGUCCCACGGAAAAAAGACGCUUUUACCCCUCAUCAGGAUGAAGCCCUAGUUUCUAGACACAAGUACAUUCACGAAUACACCACCCCAGAUGCUUUUCAAUUUCAGGAAUACAUUCAACCUGCUUCUGAUGAAAUCAAGUAUUAUGGAGGUGGCGGUUUCUUCCCUGAAUAUGACUAUCGAUUUGCGGACGAAACAUUUCAAUAUCUGAACCGAAGGUUUUAG